CCGAGUUCGAGGGUCUGGCAUAUGCAGAUGACGACGAAGGGCAAGGCACAGAGCGCAGCUCGACUGCCCCCGAGCCCCAGGGCGUCCGCUUUCCUCCCAUAUCCACAAAGCGGGAUACGAUGAAGUCCGACAGCAAGUACUCCGAGUCCGAGAGCAGCCUGCCCUCGCCGCGACUGCCCGCGCGAAGCGUGAGCACGUCGACGACAGCGUCGUCCUACGUCGCGCGCGUGCCCGCCAAGUCGAUCGGCGCGCUGGAGCGUCCGGCCGCAAUGGAGACCCUGCUUGAGCAGCACGAGGACGAGCUGCAGAACCCGGCGAGUUCCACCGCGAGCUCGGUGUCGAGCCCCGCGGUGUUCCCGAUGGCGCUCGCUGGCGAGGGCGGCCAGCGCGACAGCAUGCGCCCGAAGCUCCCGAUGCGCUCGCACACGAGCCCGGGCCUCGGCCUGAGCAGGCCUGAGAGCAAGCGCAGAGCGAAGACGAAGACGUGUUUGAAGUGUGAGAGCAAGAUUGAGGAUGGGCGGUGGAUACAGAUGGAGGGUGGGGUUAUGAUGUGCGAUAGGUGCUGGAAGAAAAUGUAUCUUCCGAAGUGCCGUCGCUGUAACCAAACCAUAGAGAAACAUGCUGUAUCGUCGUCAGACGGUCAGCUCAAAGGAAAGUAUCAUAGGGACUGCUUUAAUUGCCACACAUGCCACAAACCAUUCCCCGACAAGACGUUCUACGUCCUCGACGGCAAACCCUUCUGCGCUUACCACUACCACGAAACGAACAACUCCCUAUGCGCCGCGCCAACGUGCGGAGAGCCGAUCGAGGGCCCCUGCGCGGUGUCGCAUUCAGGCGAUCGGUACCACCCCGAGCACUUCCUGUGCGAGUACCCACGCUGCGCCGAGCGGCUUGUUGAGUACUGGGAAGUCGACGGACGCAUGUUCUGCGACAAGCACGCGCAGGGCGUCGAGAGUGAUGGUGAAGACAGCGAUGACGAGUUCCUCGUUCCCCGCACGGAUGGUGGGGGCUACCGCGACAGCAUGCACGCGACGAAGCGCAAGACGGUGUUCAUGACCCUCGGCGCGCCUGGUUCGCCUGCGGACUAGGAGGCCGGGGGCCGCAGCGAGCGAGAGAACAUGUAUGUACCCGGCUUGUCGUCCAGCCUGCGCUUCCUCCAAAUCCUCUUCCGCUGCUGCUUUUCGCGCUGAUUUUACUUCCUCCCCCCCUCCACUCCUCUCAGUCAUUUCUGUUAUCAGCCCUAUCACGCUGGACCAUCCCUUGUACUCUUACUCGCCCGUUGCGGUCCCCGCCUCACUCAUGCAUACUCGGACCUAAUCACCUCUUCGCGGUCGUUUCGUCACCUCCAAGACCGCAUGUACCAACCCCUUCGUUUUAUCUGGGACAAUUUCACACCGGAGCUACAUACUAUGGAUGGCUUCAUCUACACAACACAUUGC